AUGGCCUCGCAAUUCAUCUCGGAUUACGCAACGCUCUUCAGCGUCGAGGGCCUUGUUGCAGUGGUGACGGGAGGUGCUACUGGGAUCGGCCUCAUGAUCGCAACUGCGCUGGAGAACAACGGGGCGAUCGUCUACAUUGUCGGUCGGCGGCAGGAAGCUCUUGACAAAGCCGUCAAGGAGCGCAGUAAGCACGGCAACAUGAUCGCGCUGAAAAGCGACAUUACAGACCGUGCAUCAUUGGAAGCUCUCGCAGGGCAGGUGAAAGCGCGUCACGGAUACAUCAAUUUGCUCGUCAACAACGCGGGUGUGAUGAUUGGCAAGCAGCCCAAGCUGCCGACACCCGCUGAAGCCGGCGGUGACAUCACACGCCUGCAAGAGGCACUCUGGGGUGCUGAGAGCUUUGACACGUUCGGGCAGACAUUCCACGUGAAUGUGUCGGGCGUUUGGUUCUGUACCGUCGCGUUCCUCGAGCUGCUUCAUGCGGGAAACACUCGGAGCAAGGCUCACGGCGUCACAAGCCAGGUGAUCUCAGUCUCGAGCAUCGCGUCAGUCCGCAAGGAUUCAGGCGUGUUCAGUCUCGGGUACACGCUCAGCAAGGCGGCGGUGACGCACCUGGGUAAGAUGAUGGCGCACUACUUGAAGGACUGGCAGAUCAGGAGCAACGUCAUCGCUCCGGGUCUGUUCCCGUCUGAAAUGACAGGCGACCUGUUGUCAGAACAGAUGGUCAAGUCAACAAUACCGCUGCAGAGGGCUGGGAGCACCGAUGAUAUGGGGGGCCUCGUAAUCUACCUUGCCAGCAAAGCUGGAGCUUACGUCGAUGGAUGCGUGCACCUCAUCGACGGUGGACGAAUGUUAAGCAUGCCCUCGGUGUACUAG